AUUUUACUGAAAGAUCAUUAAAAAUCGUUCCUAUAAAUUUAAACUGUGCAAUCAUACCCAACAUUUCAGUGUAAAUUUAAGACUUUAAACCAUGGUCAACACAUCACCCGUCGUUCUCAUCCUUGGGUCGGGUCCCAAUAUCGGGAAGCAUGUGGCCCGAGCCUUUGCCGCAAAGGGUUACAAGGUUGCUCUGGCAUCCAGAAGUCUGAAGGAAGCGGAUAGUACUGCGGACCAAGUCAACAUCUCCGGUGAUUUCUCUGAUCCAGAGUCUGUAAUUAAGACCUUCUCGAAAGUGAAAUCAUUGCUGGGCGCCCCAAGUGUUGUCGUGUACAAUGCUGCGGCUGCAACCCAAAACAACCCGAAGGAUCCGCUCUCUCUCCCAUUGGCUGAUUUCACUCGAGACUUGACCAUCAACACCAAUAGCGCCUUUGUCGCUGCUCAGCAAGCUGUCUUGGCUUUCAAGGAACUCCCGGAGUCAGCAUCAAGAACAUUCAUCUAUACUGGAAAUAUAACGAAUACGACAACGAUAGCACCGCUUCUUGAUUUGGGUGUCGGGAAGUCAGCCACGGCACAUAUUAUCCAAUCUGCCUCCCAAGCCUACGCCGAUCAAGGAUUCAAGUUCUAUUACAGCGAUGAGCGGAAGGCCGAUGGGGCGCCUGCGUACUCUGCUAUUGACGGAGAGGCUCAUGCGGAAUUAUAUCUCCAACUCGCCGAGGGCAAGUCGCAGGGUCCCUGGCAGCAGACAUUCGUCAAGGGCAUUGGAUAUAAGAAAUUCUAGCGACGAGUAGAUUUUAGUCGUCCCCGUUUAUAAUACUAUGAGAUGAAUCGUACUGUGGGACCUGGAACUUUGUUAUAAGCUGCUGCUGAUCGUGCGUAUGCCGCUCUCCGAUUAUCUCCGGUAGUUACUCCAGGCACCCAUACCUUACUGUACAGUAUUUUACGUACUAUACAAUGCCAAUUCUUGUAUUUGGUACUUAUUGGAUGUGAUUAUCUUCAGUCUUCCCUUUUCAAUAUAGUGUCGCUUUCAUCCCUCGGCUCCGUAACAAUGUUCUAGACGCAUCCAACGGAGACGAAAGACUGCAGCAUCCUGGCUGACUCGGAAUACGCGGAACACAUAGGUUACAUUGUUAACGGGUUUUGUCUCUUCUCUCGUGACACUGCAUAUAGUACGUCGCUCAUUGAACAAUGUAUGAAUGUAUGACGAAGAAUACACCUGCGA